AGGGCCGUGGGCGCCGAGCCCCACUUCUUCGACCGCCACUACGAGCGGGGCCUCGCCUGGUACAGAGACUUGAUGCCCAGGACCCUAGAGGGGCAGAUCACCAUGGAGAAAACGCCCAGCUACUUCGUCACCAAGGAGGCACCCGCUCGUAUCUCCGCCAUGUCAAAGGGCACCAAGCUCAUCGUAGUCGUAAGGGACCCUGUAACCAGAGCCAUAUCUGAUUACACGCAGACUCUCUCUAAGAAACCUGACAUCCCCACCUUCGAGAGCCUGACCUUCAAAAACAGGACUACAGGCCUGAUCGACACCUCGUGGAGCGCCAUCCAGAUUGGCAUCUAUGCCAAGCACCUAGAGAACUGGCUCCUGUACUUCCCCAUCGGGCAGAUCCUCUUUGUCAGUGGGGAGCGACUGAUCAGCGACCCUGCUGGGGAGCUGGGCAGGGUCCAGGACUUCCUGGGCCUCAAGAGGAUCAUCACAGACAAACACUUCUACUUCAACAAAACCAAGGGUUUUCCAUGCCUGAAAAAGGCUGAAGGCAGCAGCAAACCCCACUGUCUGGGGAAGACGAAAGGCAGGCCCCACCCCGAGAUAGACCAGGAGGUGGUGCAGAGACUGCGGGACUUCUACCGGCCUUUCAACAUGAAGUUCUACCAGAUGACUGGGCACGACUUUGGCUGGGACUGAGGCUGAAAAGAAAUAAUUUAAAAAAGAGAAAAUUAUAAGAUAAUAUAUAUUUUUUUUACAUAUCAGUGGAGAGGGAAAAAAUACAUAACUUUAAUAGUUGUGCUGAAAAAUGCUGUUUGUUCUGAUUUUUCUUUUUGGCACAAUGUCAUUGCUUAAUUUGUUUUCUUUCUGCUGCUGAAGGAGGGUUGGUGUGGCUGAAGAAGAUGGCUGAGCGCCAAAAUUUAAUUCUAUUAAAGUCAGCACAAGCUUGGUCAUUUUUUCCAUGGGAUUUGGCACUGUGUCUAUUGAAAAGGGGGCAACAUUUUCAAAAGUGCCUAAGUCCCGUAGUCAGAAGUGACUUUGAAACUUAAAGAGGCGAAGUCUUGUUAAUAGGCAACAGGAUUUAACCUCCUAAGGGUUUUAAUCAUGUUUGGAAAAUGGAACAUAGGAAUAUAAAUGCACAAUUUGCUUUUAAAAAUAUUACCCUGGAGCAGAUUGGGGCAAUUUUUAAAGCACUGGCAAAAAUUGAAAAAGUAAUUUUUUCACUUAUCAUUUAUUUUUCUUUCUUGUUCUUUGGGGGGAGGGGGUUGGUCCACUAAUGGAAAUUUUUUCAUCAGGUAUAAACAACUAUGUUUCAUUUUUCAAAAACCAAGAACAAUUUUGUUGUUAU